GAAAAUGUUUUUCAAAGCCACUUAUUUUCCUUAUUUUGAGGAAAAAUGACUUCCCUAAUAAGUCAAGGAAAAUCAUUUUCCAGACAAAGAGCUUAUACGCUACACACUUCUCUUCUUCACCUUCAACAAAACCAACACACAAGCACAGAUCAUCGUUGUCUCCAAAUUUAGGGAUUUCUCCCCUCUCUGUUCUCCCCAUUGCAAGAAUUUCAAAGGUCAAUCGAGUCUAUUCAUCGAUGCUUCCACACUGUGCUUCAAGUAGUUUUGAAGCUCUAUCCAAUCCUUAUAAAAUCACCAGAUGGAAUCAUCCAACCGGAGAUAAUGAACAACCAUCGUAUUAUGUAGAAGCAAUAGAUGGAAUACAUGUGCUUGCAUCUGUCCCUAUUGAACAACAAAAUAGAUUUCGUGGUCGAAACAGCACAACAACACAAAAUGUAUUAGCCGCCAUUAACUUCAAUUUGAAGUUCACGUAUGUGCUUGCUGGUUGGGAAGGAUCUGCACAUGAUUCUCGCAUAUUAAAUGAGGCAUUGGAGAGACCACAUGGUCUCCAAAUCCCACAAGAUAAAUACUAUCUUGUAGAUGCGGGAUAUGGACUUCGUAAAGGGUUUAUUCCUCCUUAUCAUGGAAUACGCUAUCACUUGCACGAGUACAGUGAUUGUCCUCCCCAAAAUAAAAAAGAACUAUUCAAUCUUCGUCAUGCAUCAUUGAGAUCCUCGAUUGAACGUGCCUUUGCUAUUCUAAAGAGAUGAUUUUGUGGUGAUUGACAAUGAACCUUUUUGGGACUUUAAGACACAAGUGAAUGUGGUAUUAGCGUUGUGCAUUUUACAUAAUCACAUAGUUGAUUUGGAUCCAAAUGACAUGAUAAUACAAGAAGUAGAUGUUGAAGCAGUAAUUCAACCUCAAAAUGUUUAAAUUACUCAAAAUUCUCAAGGAAGUCAAAGAAAUCAAACACAAAGAGAAAGGCGUGAAGAAGCUAGACAAUGAUCAUCAAAAAGAGAUUCAAUUGCUCAUGCCAUGUUUAUAAAUUAUGAUAGGCGGAGGAAUGAGGUACUUUAGUGUAUUAAGAAACUUUGAUAGCUAAAUAGAUAAUGCUGCUUGUUUUUGCUUUUUAUAUUUUCUUAUUUCUUCGACUUGUUGUAGUAAUUGGGCAAAUCUUGUAUGAAAGAAAUACUUCUAUGGCUCAUUAUUAUUUUUCUAUUAGCUUUGAGUGUUCUUUUUACUGCUUUUUUUCUUUGGUAUAUGUAGAGUUCACAGGUUUUUGCUAAUUUGUAUUUGUGAUCUCUUGAGUAUGAAUUGUUCACGUAUAGUUUCUUGACUUGUAACAGUAAAUCAUGGGGGGAAAAGGAGAGAAACAGUUUAGGUUUUCAAAACCAAUGGAAUAUUUGAUGUUGGAGAUUCUAGAUGAUAAGAUAAAGUAAGGGAAUAAAUCGAUGAAUUAGUUUAAGGCCAGCUUGUUUAAUCGUGUUUCGAAUGCCAUCAACAAAAAACUAGAAAUCGAUUAUUCCUCUAAGCAUGUGGAGAAUCUUCUUAAAACAAUAAGAAAAACUUGGAGUACAAUCCAAACUCUACUAAACA